CAAGCGGAAGACUGGGGAGCCUCAGGGCCGUUGGCUACUGGCCCGAGGGAGGAGUAAGGCGGCUCUGGUUGGGAGGCCGACAGUGCGAGGCGCCGGACCGCCCUCCUCGCGCAGCCUUGGGCUAAGCAGUGAGGCCGCAGGCCGCGCCCGCUCCUUCAGCCCCGCCGCCGGGGAGGGGUUUCCCGGGACGAUCCGGCCCCUUUCAUCCAGGAAGUGAAUGCGACGUCGGGGUCAAUGAAAACAAACUGGGAGCCCGGGGGGAAGGAAGGCAGGCGAGGAGGAGGCAGCGCCAGGGCGAGUGAGGGAGCACUAGAGCCCCGGAAGCGCGAGUAGGAAGCCGGCUGCGGUCGCAUUUUUGCCGCUGUGGCGGCCACCGCCGCCGAGGUUUACCCAGGGAUGUCCGGGCUCGCGCCUCGCGGCCCCCUAGCUCCAAGCUGCAACCGCCGUCCCGGCCUCUAAGGGCCGCCACGUCCCGGCGGCGCGCGUGAUCAGAGGGCGGCUUCGUGCUUGCGGCGGGCGCCGCGGGAGAGGUACCGGGCGGGCCGGGAGGGGCUGCCCCAGGCCCCGCGCCUACCCCAUCACCGCGGCCGGCGCCGGGCCGAGAGGAUGUGCGGUGUGGGGCUCUGAAGCAUGGAGGGGGUUCUGUACAAGUGGACCAACUAUCUCACAGGUUGGCAGCCUCGUUGGUUUGUUUUGGAUAAUGGAAUCCUAUCCUACUAUGAUUCACAGGAUGAUGUUUGCAAAGGGAGCAAAGGAAGCAUAAAGAUGGCAGUUUGUGAAAUUAAAGGUGACAACUUUGGAGGGGACCACCCUUGAUUGGAUACAUAAAGUCUGUUCAUUCAGCAGACAACACAAGAAUGGAAUUAAUCAUUCCUGGAGAGCAGCAUUUCUACAUGAAGGCAGUGAAUGCAGCUGAAAGACAGAGGUGGCUGGUUGCUCUGGGGAGCUCCAAAGCAUGUUUGACUGAUACAAGGACUAAAAAAGAAAAAGAAAUAAGUGAAACUAGUGAAUCGCUGAAAACCAAAAUGUCUGAACUUCGCCUCUACUGUGACCUCCUAAUGCAGCAAGUUCAUACGAUACAGGAAUUUGUUCACCAUGAUGAGAAUCACUCAUCUCCUAGUGUAGAGAACAUGAAUGAAGCCUCUUCUUUGCUUAGUGCCACAUGUAACACGUUCAUCACAACGCUUGAGGAAUGUGUGAAGAUAGCCAAUGCCAAGUUUAAACCUGAGAUGUUUCAAUUACCCCAUCCGGAUCCCUUAGUUUCUCCUGUGUCACCUUCUCCUGUUCAAAUGAUGAAGCGUUCUGUCAGCCACCCUGGUUCUUGCACUUCCGAGAGGAGUAGCUACUCUAUAAAAGAACCAGUAUCUACACUUCACCGACUCUCCCAACGACGCCGAAGAACCUACUCAGAUACAGACUCUUGUAAUGAUAUUCCCCUUGAAGACCCAGAUAGACCUGUUCACUGUUCAAAAAAUACACUUAAUGGAGAUUUGGCAUCAGCAACCAUUCUUGAAGAAAGCAGACUUAUGGCCAAAAAGAAAUCUGAAUCAGAAAAUACUCUUCCAUCCUUUUCUUCCUGAAGAAACUGAAGUGUCCAACUUCCUCUAAGUAUUGCUAUGCAAAAGCUGCUGUGAUUAAACUAUUGUUAUAGGGAGUAGUUUUUUCCCUUAAAGACUUCUCUGCACUUUAUAGAAUAUUGUAAACAAACAAACAAGAAAACAACCCACAUACUUUUGAAGUGUAUUUUAUCUUUAUAUAGUUUGUUUGCAAGAGUAUUUUCCUAAUAACUUCACAGUAUGAAUGUGUAUCUUUUUUUUUUUUUUUUUAAACAAACAAUGGUGUAACAUUUUGACAUCCAUAAGGACAAAUGUGGAUAUUUUUCUAAAAAACUGUGAGGGGACUGACAGCUUGGUUAGGGUGUAUUGUAGCUUAUAAACAUGAAAUCUUAUAAGAUUUCAGUUUGACAGAGUGUGAUAUAUGUAACUUGUGCCAUGGACCAAAUGGUCACUUUACCACAGCUAAAAAUGAGUUAUGAUAGCAGCUUGAUGAUGAUUGUAUUAUAUUCCUUUAAUCAAAAAGGAAACAUUUAGAAUAUUUAGAAUAUUCCAAAUAUCUUUAGCCCAAAUACCAUGACAUAUUGAGUAUUUUUAAAUAACCAGACUGUAUUGUCCUUCAUAUGUGAAGUUGACACUACUGAUUUGUCAAUACCAAAUGUUGGGUUAAAGUAUUUAAUUUUUAUUUAUUUAUUUUCUUGUUGCCUCAAAAGAUGACUGCAUCCUAACUUUUGUGACCUACCAAAUUUAAGAUGUGUAUACAUUGUUUUUUAUAUUGUUUUAGAAAAGACAUUUUAAUGCUGUAGUGACUUUGCUCACUUACACCAGAGAAACAACUUUCAGUGGAAGAGGAUUUUAGUGCUUUUUUUUUUCCUAAAAUAGACAUUAAGCUGCUGUUGUAAAGUAUUGUUUGAAGCUCUUUCCAAUAUCUAGAGACAUUUUUAUUUAUGAAUAUUGAUACAAAAAAGGAAUUCUGUCAAGAUGUCUGCACUAUAUUACUUGAGAAUGGCAUUAUUUAAUUAAAGAACAAAUAGCAUUUUUUUGGUAGUGCCUGUCCAUACCUAUUGUCAGUGUUUGCCUUGUAAUAUGUUUUUUGAAUUCACCUUGGGCUGAUGGUUUUGUAUAAGGUUUUAGAUAAGGAGCACUUUAAAACAAACUGGUAUGUUGUUUUUAAGUUAAUCAUAAGUUUAAUAAAUGUGUGAUUUUUUGCGUUCAAACAUAUCAUAUAAUACAUUGUAUUUUUUACAUUCAUUGGUAUUCUGUCUAAUCUUUAUUAAGUGCUAAUAUAAUUCUUACUGAUUUGAGUUUGUUUUUGUAUAUUUAGGCCUGCUGGUGAAGACACAAAUGAAGCAUACUUUUAGUUUUUGUUGCCUGUGAGCUUAGAAUGGUGUGGCCUAUUUCAUUUCAUUUUAAUUUCUCUUGUAAGUUUUUGUGGGAAUAAAAAAAAUAAUGUUUGGUAUUUAUUUAAAAAACUAAUUAUAGGCCUUCCAUCUUAAGUUUAAAAUGGACAUAAACAAUCUAUUCAUUAAUAUGUGUUUGGAUAAACUGUAUGCUACUUAAAGUGUUUGUAAUUUUAAAUAGCACACAGGUCAUCAGACUACUCAAUAUUCAGUGGAGUCUUUUCCUGCUCAUAAGUUGUAUUUCAUAUGUCUAAUUUGAAAAAAAAACAGUUUGAUAAUAUAGUAAGUUUUGACAUUGAGCAGGUAAUCAAGUUUUUCCUGGUUUUUUGUUUGUUUUGUUUUGUAGGAAGAACUUACACAGUAAUAAGGUUAGGGUGCUACUGAUUGGGAGUUUUUUCUGGUAGUUUUUUGAAUAAUAGGUUUAUAAUGAAAACACCAUAACAAGCUUUUGAACUUAUAGAAAAUAAUCACAUCCAUUUUCUAUUGCUUUACCCAAAUAGGUGGGUUUGUGAAGAGUUUUCUGUAAAUAUUUU